CAUAACCAUACAUGUUUACAUAGCAACCCAGCUGCCAAGCUAUACCGGUGUUAGCAACGCGUGUGAUUGUGAAUGAGCGAUUCGCUCAUGUAGGAUUUCCCCUGCGACGACGUGCGUGUUGUGUAUUCGAUCGUGUGUUGUGUUCGCUUAGGAUUUUAAUACACAGUCAACCACAUAAGAGAUAACGCGGAAAAGCAAUAUGGCUCUCCCAUUUUUACCGGGAAAUUCGUUCACAGACCCAACGCAACGCAAAUUUCACAGAUCCCAAUCCCUCGGUUACAAGAACGGGUAUGCCCUCCCAGCGAGGCCAGAGGUCGGUAUCGGAGGUGAACCCCUAGAGGUCAACCAACUCACACUCUCAGAACUUGACGAACUGAACAACAAGAGACCCACACUGACCUACGGCCAAGCCAAGCAAGCACCACCAGAAGAUUUUAUACCAGCACAUGUGGCUUUCGAUAAAAAGGUACUGAAAUUCAAUGGAUUCUACAAGCAGACCGUCCAUGAGUCUCCCAGCGAGUACUUCCGCGUCCGUCCCGUUAUCCUCUACUACUACUUGGAAGAUGACAGCAUCUCCGUCAUUGAACCACACGUGGAAAACAGCGGCAUGCCUCAGGGCAAGCUCAUCAAGCGCAUGAGGUUGCCCAAGAACGACCAGGGCGAUCACUGGCACUGGAAGGACAUCAAUCUCAACAUCAACGUCACCUUCUAUGGCAAGGUCUUCCACAUCACAGACUGUGAUAGGUGGACAUCGGACUUCAUGGCCAGUGAAGGAAUUGAGCUGAACGCCCCUGUAGGUGCCCCCACCGACCCCUACACGGACUCCCGCAAGGAGAAGUCUGCCGUCGACGCAUUCACCACUCCUAGUACUUUUGACAAACUCAAGCAGUUCCUAGAUCUAGAUCGCAAGGUUCUACGGUUCUUCUGCGUGUGGGAUGACCGUAGCAGUAUGUUCGGUGAGCAGCGCCCAUUCAUCAUUCAGUACUACCUUGUGGACGACACGGUAGAGGUCAGAGAGGUCCACGACCCCAAUGACGGCCGAGAUCCGUUCCCUCUCUUCCUCAAGCGACAAAGGGUGCCCAAGGACCGUGACAACGUUGACUCCUCCUUCCGUGCCGUCGUCAUGGAGCUCUCCAACCACGAGAUCAAGGACUGGUACAACCCGCCAGACUUUGGUAUCGGCAAGACCGUCUUCAUCUACAACAGGCCAUUCCUCAUCUACGAUGCCGAUAACUUCACCAAGGCCUACAUGCAGCAGAACUACGGAGUCCAGGGAUCAGGCCCCAUCAAGGUCUCUACAGAGGCACGCAAUCUCGCCAAGAUGGAUCUGCCGCCGUACAACGGAUUUGGUUCGUACGAAGACUCGCUGCAAUCCUGCUUGUCCCUGGUACCCCAGCCUCCCAAGAAAGACUUCAUCAAGAUGCUGGAGAACGAUCAUAAGAUUCUGCGAUUCGAAGCCAUCAUGGAUUCUGUGCGGCCCGAAGACAAGGGUCGUCGGUUCAUCAUCAGUUAUCGUCUGGCCGACGACAUGAUCAAGAUCUUUGAGCCUCCCGUCCGUAACUCUGGAAUCAUCAGCGGGACAUUCCUUGAGAGAACGAGAGUGACCAUGCCAGGCUCGACACCUGAGAACCCUAAAUUCUAUGGCCCACAGGACCUCACUGUCGGCUCCUGCCUUGAGGUAUUCAACCACCGGUUCGUCAUCACCGACGCCGACGACUACGUACUCAACUACCUGGAGGCUCACAGGCAAGACUUCCCAGGCUGCGAGAAGACCAUACACAGUAUCCAGGCCACCAGGGCCAUGGGCCUGCCCAACAAACCACUCACCUUAGCAUCGCAGAAGGGCGCCCCCAUGACUGUCCAGAGAACGCCCAACGACCUGAAACGACUCCUGGCAGAGGUCAAGGGUCAACUCCGCAAGGACAACUACAUCAACUUCACCUCCUUGACCGAAGCGUUCCUGCAGUACGACCGUGAUCGUUCCGGGAACAUCGACGUCAACGAGCUCAAGGCUGCCUGCCACAAGCAGAACCUGCCCCUGGACGAUGACGUCAUGCAAGCGUUGAUCGCAGAGUGUGGUGACGAGAACGGCAGAAUAAGCCACGCAGAGUUCAUGAAGUUCUUAACAUGGGACUAAGGGCAACAAGCCAAUGGAGAAUCCACACUGUCUUGACCGUUGUUCCACAACCCGACAGGUUGAUUGCAAACCUUAAGAGAAACACCCCGGGAUAGGAUUGUGGACAAGCUAUGAAAGCUAUGAAGCUAGAAACACUUGUACAACACUAUUUUAAUCCGUUUACAGAAAAUGUUGACAUAAGAAUGGUGACACUAAAACUACAUAAAAAAACCACUGGAGUAUACAAGAAAAUAAUUGUGCACAGUGAUAAAUCAAUAUACAUGUAGGAAAGAAAAUGCUCAAACUUAGUUGCAUGUUGUUAAAUAUUGUACAAGAUGAACUAUUUUUCCUCAUGUGUCGUUAUAUUCCUCACAAAAAAAAGUCAUCUGUUGAACCUAUCAGAGACAAAAUUGUUUUUCUUUGCAGCUGUGAGCUCAUGAUAGUUUUCUGUUUUUGUGUCUUAGAAAAGAGAGCUAUACAUUCAAAUCAGUGACAUUAUCUGUGUACAAUGAACAGUGGAAUUCAAAAUCCUAUCUUUUUCUGCAUGAAAUUAAAAUCCGUCCUUUGUACUUAAGUUUGUGUGUCUUUUUAGCAUUCACAGCAUUUUAUGUAGCAAUAAACACAACCUUUUCCAUAUGAUGCAAUGUAUGAACUGACUUUUAAGAGUCAGAAUUACCAUCUAUGCUAGCCUUGACAAAUUCCAUCCAUUUCUUCUUCAGCUUGCGUUUUUUUUACUCGCAGUUGUGCCGUAGAAAAGAAAACUAUGCAUCAAGAUAUCACUUUCUGCAGACAAUGCAAAUUAAUAUAUAGUGCAACUUCUACUCCAAAUGAUGAAAAAGCAUGUAAAUAAAAAAUCUUCUUACAUUCUUU